UACACCUCCCUUCUUCCUCCCGUCCCCUCCCGUCCCCGCCUUUUCCCACAUAUCUCUCUCUCUCGUUGUGACUGGUUCUUUGACUACCUCUUGUGGUGGUUUUGCUUAAGUCCGUUCGCACUUCCGCACUCCCCCACGGCAUCCCCGUUUCCGCUCCUGGAUCAUCGAAUCGACCUUAUCCCCUUUUCACCCAUUAAACCGACGACUUUUCCCUCUCCCUUGUUUGGAGAAACUAUCGUUUCUUAGCAACAGGCCCCGUCAGCACCAUCAAGAAUAAAGAAUAAACCCCCGCCGUCUCCUACAGCUGCUUGACGACUGUACAUCCCGCCAAAAUGAUCCAAAAUGUCGUCAUCUUGGGCGCUGGCUACGCCGGCCUCGGCAUCGCCCACAAGCUCCUGAAAUACACCCAGCCCAAGGUCAAGGAUCUCAAGGUCACCCUCGUCUCGCCCUCGACCCAUCUGUACUGGAACUGCGCCGCCGUGCGCGCCAUCAUCCCCGGCGAGUUCUCCGACGACACCCUCUUCAACCAGAUCAAGCCCGGCUUCGAAAAGUACCCCCAGGACGCCUUCGACUUCGUCCUCGGCAAGGCCACCGCCUUUGACGCCGCCACCAACACCGUCCAGGUCGAGACCAACGAGGGGCAGAAGACGAUCGAGUACGCCCACCUCAUCAUCGCCACGGGCUCCGGCCUCGCCAGCGGCCUCCCGUUCAAGACCAUCGGCACCCACGAGGAGACGCUCGGCGCGCUGCACGGCCUCCAGUCCGAGGUCAAGGCCGCCAACUCCAUCAUCAUCUCGGGCGCCGGUACGACGGGCGUCGAGACGGCCGGCGAGCUCGGCCACGCCUACGGCUCCACCAAGCAAAUCACCCUCAUUGUCGAGGGCGCCGCGCCCCUCCCUGGCCUCCUGCCCCAGCUUGGCAAGAUCGCCGCCAAGAACCUGCAGCAGCUCCAGGUGAAGCUCGUCACCAACGCCCGCGUCACCGAGGCCGACACCACCGGCGCCCUCAAGUCGGUCAAGCUGUCCAACGGCGAGACCCUGACGGCGGACCUGUACCUGCCGCUCUUCGGCGUGCGGCCCAACACCACCUUCGUGCCGGAGCACCUCCUCGACGAUAAGGGCAACGUCAAGCUCAAGCACGACUUGCGCGUCGAGGGUCUGAUCAACGUCUGGGGCGUCGGCGACGUCGGCAACCUCGAGGCCAAGCAGCUCAUGCGCGCCGAGGGCCAGGCCCUGCACCUCGCCGACAACCUCGACGCCGUCCUCACGGGCAACGAGACCAAGGUCAAGGACCUCAAGCUCACCCUCAAGCCGCAGGUCUUCGUGACCAUCGGCAAGAAGAAGGCGACGGGCCAGUUCAACACGAUGAAGCUUCCCGGCUUCAUCGUCAGCGCCGCCAAGGCCAAGACCUUCUUCACGGAGAAGGGCCCCGGUCUGGUUGCGGGCAAGAACAUUGCGCGGGCGUCGAUUUGAAGACUCUUGCGAGGAACAGUAAGAUCGAUGCAAAUUUAAUUUUUUUGACGAGUAGGGUAACGAAUGAGCUUUGCUUUUGAGUCUUGAUAUCCCGGGUUGCGCAUUUGUUUUACGGUUUACUCAUUAUAAGUGUGGGAGCACACGAAGGUUGUAAUUAUCGG